CCAGGGGGACAUGCGUUAAAGUUAAAAAGUUGAACUCUUGUGUUCUGCUACCGGGAGUGUGUAGAAGUAGGAGAUGCAGUGGUACCUGGUUGCCGGCCUCCUCACGCUUCUAACCAGUUCACAGGGAAUAUUGACAACUCUUUCACAAAAUAAUCGAGGCUAUAAUUAUGACUAUGCAACUGUUCCAUUUCUUGCUGAAGUCUUUAAGCUUGUGGUAUCUAGUUUUCUUUUGUGGGGUGAGAACUGGGGUUCCCAACCUCCAAAGAUGACUACAGACUGGAAGAGUGUGCGGUUGUUCCCUAUUCCUUCCAUCAUAUACCUAAUUCACAACAAUGUCCAAUUUGCAACCCUUACCUAUGUGGAUACAUCCACAUAUCAGAUAAUGGGGAAUUUGAAGAUUGUCACAACUGGGAUACUAUUCAGGAUAUUCUUGAAGAGGAAAUUAUCAAAUCUUCAGUGGCUGGCCAUCAUGCUAUUGGCUGUAGGAACCACUACUAGUCAGGUGAAGGGAUGUGGGGAGAGUUCAUGUGAUACUCUUUUUUCAGCACCAAUACAAGGUUACAUGCUCGGAAUUUUAUCUGCUUGUCUUUCGGCUCUAGCUGGUGUCUAUACAGAAUUUCUUAUGAAAAAGAACAAUGACAGUCUUUACUGGCAAAAUGUGCAAUUAUAUACGUUUGGGGCAAUCUUUAAUAUGAUGCGGCUUCUUUUGGAUGACAUUCAUUCUGGUUUUGAGAAAGGGCCAUGGUGGCAGCGCCUACUCAAUGGUUACACCAUUACGACAUGGAUGGUUGUACUAAAUCUGGGAACGACUGGUUUACUGGUCUCUUGGUUGAUGAAAUAUGCAGACAACAUAGUGAAGGUAUAUGCCACAUCAAUGGCGAUGCUCUUAACAAUGGUUCUAUCAGUGUUUCUCUUUGAUUUCAAGCCCACUCUUCAGCUUCUGUUAGGUAUCAUUAUAUGUGGUAUGUCCCUACACAUGUAUUUUGCGCCAGUUAACAUGCUUGUAGAACUCCCUUUGACAUCAAAAACAGUCCCAGGGACAUUGAAUGAGGUUGCAGUUGAAAAAUUAGAAGGUUCCUAAUGUAAGUUCUCGGGUUACUUUUACUGAAAUAGCAAUUUUGCUGUUCCAUUAUUUGUUAUUUGUACUCUCGCAAUUUUUCUGUUCAUCCAUUGUUUUUUA